GGGGGCGUGGCCUCAGCAAUGGCGGCGCUGCGCGUGCUCGUGGGGGUGAAGCGGGUCAUCGACUUCGCCGUCAAGGUGCGCGUGGCCCCCGGGGGGGGCUCGGUGCAGACGCAGGGGGUGAAGCACUCGCUGAACCCCUUCUGUGAGAUCGCCCUGGAGGAGGCCGUGCGGCUCCGCGAGGCCGGCAAGGCCGCAGAGGUCGUCGUGGCCACCGUGGGCACCAAGGCCAGCCAGGAGACCCUCCGCACGGCGCUCGCCGUCGGGGCCGACCGGGCGGUGCUGGCCGAGGUGGGGGAGGGGGUGGCCCUGGGGCCCCUCGAGGUGGCCACGGCCCUGGCCGGGCUGGUGGGGAAGAUCCAGCCCCAGCUGGUGCUGCUGGGCAAGCAGGCCAUCGAUGACGACUGCAACCAGACGGGGCAGCUGCUCGCCGCCAUCUUGGACUGGCCGCAGGGCACGUUCGCCUCGCGGGUGCAGCUGGAGGACGGCGCGGUGCGGGUGGAGCGGGAGGUGGACGCGGGGCUGGAGACGCUGCGGCUGCGCCUGCCGGCCGUGCUGACGGCCGACCUGCGGCUCAACGAGCCCCGCUACGCCACCCUGCCCAACAUCAUGAAAGCCAAGAAGAAGCCCCUGGAGGUGAUUCCCGCCGCGGAUUUGGGGGUCCCCGCGGGGCCCCCCCGGCUCCGGGUGCUGCAGGUGCAGGAGCCCCCGGCCCGGGCAGGGGGGGAGAAGGUGGAAAAUGUCCCGGCCCUGGUGGAGAAGCUGCGGAGCUGCGGCCGCAUCUGAGGGGGAAACCAGUAUGGACCAGUACGGACCAGUGCCCUCCAGGAACACCCCCCGGGAACCCCCAGUGCCUUCCAGCCUGGGCCAGUGCCCCCAGGAGCCCCCCAGUCCCCUCCCAGUCUGGCCCAGGCCCCCCAGUGCCUUCCCCCCACCCCAAUAAAGGCGUGGCUGCUCUGUGA